UGUCGGGAGGGUUGUAUACGUGUAUCAAAGUACUUCUCAUAGGGCACGUAUAAUGUGUAUAAGCUAACUUGCAACACACAUCCAUUCGCCUAUCUCCUCCUAGCUAUUUGAUGAGUUGGCUCGACAUGUGCCAGCAGCCGAAGAAAAAGAAAUCUGAACUGUAGAAUCCCUUUUCCAAAUUCUUGGAUACACCUCUGACAGCACUCAUGAGUAAUCAGGACAGCGCCCUCUUAAGGCGGUCUAAGGAUGCAGCUGGAGCCAAGAUCGAUGAGUCCGCUGCAGCCUUGCAUGAACUUAGCAAUGACAUCUGGACUCACCCAGAGUUAAACUUUGAGGAACGCCAUGCCCAUGCUAGCCUGACAGACUUUCUCGAACGGGAAGGCUUUGAGGUCACGAAGAACUUCCAUCUUGAGACAGCAUUUAAGGCUACAUAUGGGACCGAUGGUGGUGUCCAUGUGUGUGUAAUCUGCGAGUACGAUGCUCUUCCUGAGAUUGACCACGCCUGUGGACACCCCCUGAUCGCUGAGUCUGGAGCAGCUGCAGGGCUAGGGAUCAAAGCCGCACUCGAGCUGGCCGAUGCACCGAAAGGAAGGGUCACAGUCAUGGGUACCCCUGCCGAAGAGGGCGGAGGCGGGAAGAUUAAAAUGAUUGAAACAGGAGCCUUUCAAGGAAUAGAUGUCGCUAUGAUGGUACAUCCCUACCCGCGUAAUGUAUCCAGACCAGUCAUUCUGGCUUGUACAACGAUGGAGAUAACGUUCACUGGUCGGGCAGCACACGCAUCGUCAUGCCCGUGGGAGGGGGUGAACGCUUUGGAUGCGGCUAUCUUGUGCUAUCAAAACAUCUCCGUCAUGAGACAACAACUUAAGCCUGAGUGGAGGGUCCAUGGUACCAUUAUGAAGGCAGGCGACACUCCCAGUAUUAUACCCGAGGAAUCUCAGAUGAGCUUCUAUUUAAGAACGGUAGACAGCGUUGACAUGCCCACACUCAAGGAAAAGAUCGGCGGAUGCGCAAAGGGAGCAGCAACAGCGACGGGAUGCGAGGUAAAGUACUCCUUUGGAGGCGACUACGCCAAUUUGGUCACCAACGAUACAUUGGCGUCGGUGUACGAGCGUCAGCUUACGGAUCUCUCCGUCGACUACUCAACCAGUGAAGUGACGUUCUCUACCGAUAUGGGGGAUGUUUCGUACGUGGUUCCAAGCAUCCAUCCCUUGUUUUACAUAGGCACUGAAGCUGCUAAUCACUCAAGGGAAUUUAAUACUGCAACGGGUGCUGACGAAGCUCAGAAGCCAACGCUAGCCCAGGCUAAGGCCAUGGCUUUCACGGGUCUCGAACUGAUGCAGCCUGGUAACAGCCAUCUCUUAGACAAAAUCAAGAAGGAAUUUAACAACAAAGUAGCCCCUAAAUAAUGAUCGAUGCCAGAAGAUCAGAACCGGUGUACGAUUCAAUUCAUCAGUCAGAAAAAUUGAGGACUAUACUCAGUUUUCGGCAUAAGUAGAAUACUUAGCUGGGAUAAAUGCUAAGUAAAACAUUGUCACAAUUCAAGACAGUGUUAAAUUGAAUACGGGCCCUGAUCAGUGAAAUCAGUGACGGAUUCAGGGAAGGUGGUAAUUAUCUUUUUUAAUAGCAACUCGCUCUCUCUCUCUCUUUUUUCUUCUUUUUCUCUGUUUUUUUAAUCCAUAAUUUCGGUUUCUACUCAUACUAUAUUUGUCAUCAUUUUGUAUUAUGAUAAUCAGAUAUUUGAAAUACAUGUAUUUCAUUUUAAUUUACAUAAUGAAUGAGAAGUUUUGACCGAAUGAAAAAGAAAAAAAAAUUGCUCUCUCACUUGUUAUGUUAUUUUAAACUGAGGGCUGCCAGCACAUCAAGGUUCAUGCUUACGUUGCAUGUAUGUAGCCCUCUUGUACCAUGUUUAUGUUAUUCAUAUUGAUUAUUCAUAAAUCUUGUAACUUAUUAUGUUUUUUUAAAACAUUUUCUAUAUGUUAUGAAUAAUCAUGUACCGUAUUAGGAAUAAUGUAUCAAAUACAAAUGACACAUAAAUGCACAUAAAUAUGUAUGUUCGAAAAAAAAAUGCUAAUGUCAUUUUAUUUUGUAUAUAAAAAUUAAUUUGGGAGUAAAUAAAUGUUGCUUUGAAUUAAAUUGA